AUGUGUCGAAUCGAAGAGAAGAUAUACGUCAGGACAGAUGGUCACCAAUCCAUGUUCCAAGACAUCACUCAAUGCGAUGAGGGACGCCGUCGUGGCAAGGAGUGUUCGGAUUCAACGAUCCGAAGGACCAAGUACCACGAUCCUACCCCGUCUCCCGCUCCGAGCAACCCUCGUAUUCCAAGCGGGUCAUAUCAAACCCGAACACGUCAACCUUCAACAUCAAGCCGGCCAUCAACUAGAGAUGGACCGGUCACACUCAAACCCGAGAUCAUCAUCGAGAUUGGCUCCAAAAAGGGCAAGGGCAAGGGUUACCCAACUGUAUCCAUCUCCACCAAGGACAACCAUCGCUCGUCAACGAGUUCCACAUCUGCAAUCGACUCGCCUGGUUCCGAUGCGUCUCACAAAUUACGGACCGGUUAUGCCGACACUCCUCUUCCACUGAACUCAAACUAUGCUCAUAGUAGUGGACUGCAAGCUAGAUCAGACCAUUAUCGAAACCCAUCGUCAGACGAAUCCUUCACAGGCUCCCUUCGGUUUCCUUCUCACUACAGGACUUCUGACGAGUAUGACACGCCCAGUCUGGCGACAGCAACAACAGCAACAUCAAGUGGCACACGGCCUGUGAUACAUAACGGUGCACGUCAUGUGCCAUCUCCGAUUAAUACUACAUGUGGCCAGUCCGGUAGCCCUUCUAGUCCUUAUCGUACCACGGUUGUUACACCUCAAGGGGUUUAUCAAGAGACAACUGAGCGUACCGAGCGCAGCCACCACGCUGCUUCCUCCUACGCCCCAGAAAUUACUGGGCGUGAUGAAGACAGGCAACGGCGUCGGGAAGAGCAACGCCGUCGCCAAGAGGCAAAAGAUCGUGAGAUUGCAGCAAAACUCAUACAGGAGGAAAACAAACGUUUCCACUUUGAACCCUCCCGUGCGCAAGACCGUGCCGAGCAACGAGCAGACAAGACGUUUGCCGGGCGUGCAGACGGACGUGAAAGACUCCGACAAGAGAGACAAGAGCGCGACGCUCAGGCAGCAAGGGAAGCUGCAAGGAGAGGAAAGCCUUCAUCAAAACCGUCCAAGCCGUCAGCACCUUCGCGCAGGAACUCUGUUCGCACGACUCCCGCUGAAGCUGCGAUGCUGCAGCAGCUCCUUGAUGCUGAAGCGCUUCAAAUGCGAAACGAGCGGGCAAAGACAGAUGCUAUUGAGAAGGAAGAGCAAAGGCAGCAGCAGCUUAUCUCCCAACAGCAACAGCAACAGCAACAGUCCGAUCUCCAACAAAGGCAGCAAGACCCAGAGUACUACAAUCCUCGAGGUCCCAGAACCACCAUACCAGGUAGCCAAGGAUCGCUGCCCCGUCGGAACAGUCUCUCUGGUCAAGCGCGGCCAGACUUUGGCAGAUCAGGAAGCACACGUGGUGCCGCUGUCAACCCACCUCGUCAGGAUCGCCGCCCGCCUGUAUCGUUCCCCGAGACUUUCAACGCUCGCGUUGAUCUAAAUCAAUCCUGCGAACGCCGCCCGUCGUUGUCUCAACAGGACCGGCCGUUCAACCCAUUCACACAACCCGCGCCUCCGCAGCCUGCUGAUCCUUGGGAAAGCCGCAACAUGCGCGAUGCGCUGCCUGAUGCGCGCGGGCCUCAAAUUGGGCACAACUUCCCCCAGCAGGCUUCCCACCGCAUGAACCAAGCCUUUUACGAUGGCGAACACGAGCACGAAUCAGAACGUAGCUAUCAGAGCAGAAGAAGAUAG